AUGUCCUGCACACCUGCGUCCAAAUCUCCAUCUCUUACGCUCCGUACCAAUGACCAGGGCAGGGCAGGCAGGCUGCUGCAACGCCUCGGACGUAUCAGAGUGGGAACAGGAAUCAUACGUGAUGUGCGUUCUCGUGCACCCUACUAUCUCAGUGACUGGACGGAUGCCUGGAACUAUCGCGUGGUGCCCGCAAUUGUCCUCAUUUUCUUUGCCAAUGUUCUCCCAGGCAUCGCAUUCUCGCUCGAUCUCAUAGAAACAACGAAUCAGUAUGGGGUAUCGGAGGUGCUACUUUCCUCCUUUAUGGCUGCGUUCAUUUUCUCCAUCUUCGGCGCGCAGCCGCUCUGCAUUGCUGGUGUCACAGGCCCUAUCACUGUUCUGAACAAGACAAUAUACAACAUCAUAGAACGGCAACCUGACGCCCCAAACUACUUGCAAUUCGUUGGAUGGGUGUAUCUAUGGGGUGCUAUACUGCACUGGAUAACAGCAGCCCUCAACUGGUGCAACUUCUUGCAAUACGUUACAUUGUUCUCUUGCGACACCUUUGGCUUCUACGUUUCCUGGGUGUAUCUGCAAUAUGGAGUGCAAGUCGUCACACGAGAAUUUCCUUCUACUUCGGAGCCCUCGGACACCCUAGACGGUGCCUUCGUUGGCAUCAUACUUGCUCUACUAAUGCUCGUCGCGUCCUUCUUGUUCCGUAGCCUGUCACAGUCUGCGUACUUUCACCGCCAUGUGCGCCGAUUCUUCGCCGACUAUGGGAUGCCGAUAUCGCUUGUGGCCUCUUCCGCCAUGGCGUACUGGGGUCGCCUCGACGCUUCCCACCCAAGCACGCUGCCGACCGGUCGUGCAUUUCAGCCUGCGAAUGGCAGGGCCUGGCUAGUCCGCUUCUGGGAACUGGAUGGCAAGUGGGUCGGCAUCGCUUUCCCGUUUGGUGUCGUAUUGUGGGUGCUGUUCUUCUUUGACCACAAUGUCUCAUCCCUCAUGGCCCAAGGUACUGCGUUCCCGCUACGGAAACCGCCCGGUUUCCAUUACGAUUUCUUCCUGCUUGGAAUCACAACCUUCAUCGCUGGGCUACUCGGCUUACCUGCACCAAAUGGCCUGAUCCCUCAAGCUCCCAUUCAUACAACCUCUCUGCUCAUCAUGGGACACCCGGAGAAGAAGGACGUGGAGGAAGACCAGAAUAGACAGUCGUUUAACCGCUCAGUACGUCAAGAGAAACGCCGCGUCGCGGUCCAGGAAGACGAGGAGGUGCAGCGUGUCACGUCGCGGCGAUCGUUCUUUGAGCCAGAGCUAGAGCCGGAUCCUACACGAUCUCGGGAUGGGGAUGGGGACGUGCGGCGGAAUGAGAUCCCCAUUGCUGUCGUUGAGCAGCGUGCCUCGAACCUCGCUCAAGGAGCGCUGUGCCUCGUCUUGUUGACGCGCCCUUUCUUGCAUGUGCUGCACCUGAUCCCGCGAGGAGUACUGGCGGGUCUGUUCUGGUACAUGGGUGCAGAUGCAUUGCAAGGGAAUGGUAUCACGCGCAAGAUACUGUAUUUCUUCCAGGACAAGGCACUCACUCCGGCAGACGAGCCCCUCCGCAAGGUUCGCAAGUCGCGCAUCCUGCUGUUCGUCGCGGUGCAGCUCGCUAGCUUCGGGGCUACGUUCGCCGUCACGCAGACCAUCGCUGCAAUUGGCUUCCCUGUAAUCAUAUUCAUGCUGAUACCCUUGCGGACGCUGGUCAUUCCCCGAUUUCCGUUUACUGCCGAGGAGUUAGCGAUACUGGACGGGCCCACUGCGUCUCCAUUUACGAUGGAGUCCGUUGGCGGAGCAAAUUGA